GUAGAGGACUGUUAGGUAAUGGUGCAGGUUAGAGUGAAAGAGGGGAUAUUAGAAGGAGAGGUGAUAAACAAUGAGUACGGUGGAAAGUUCUACAGCUUCAAGGGCAUUCCCUACGCCCAGCCGCCCGUGGGUGACCUGAGAUUCAAGGCUCCUCAACCGCCACGACCAUGGACCGGCGUACGAGAUGCGACGAAGCUGGGCGAAGAAUGUUACCACUUCGAUCCUUUCUUUGGCACCCCGACACAGGGUAGCGAGGACUGCCUGUACCUUAACGUAUACUCCCCCAACGUAUCCCCCCCUAAGCCUCUGCCCGUCAUGGUAUGGAUUCAUGGCGGAGGCUUUGUUUGUGGAAGCAGUUCCGAUGACUUAUAUGGACCACAGUUUUUAGUAAGACACGACGUCAUCUUAGUCACGAUAAACUACAGGCUCGAGGUGCUCGGCUUCCUCUGCCUAGAAACGGCGGAGGUGCCCGGUAACGCGGGCAUGAAGGACCAGGUGGCGGCGCUCAGGUGGGUGCGGACAAACAUCGCCAGCUUCGGAGGGGACCCCGACAAUGUUACGAUAUUCGGAGAGAGCGCGGGGGGAGCUAGUGUUUCACUUCACCUUCUGUCGCCCAUGAGUAAAGGGUUAUUCAAGAGAGCAAUAUCACAGAGUGGCACCUCCGCCUGCGCAUGGGCGACGACCACUAUGGUAAAAGAAAGGUCAUUGCAAAUGGCUAGAGCUAUGGGUUGCAAUUCCAAAGAUGAGAAGGAAGUAUACGAAUUUCUGAAAGUACAGCCCGUGGAAGCGUUUGUCGACAGACGCAUUAAACUGACAUACGCUGAAGCCAAUAAAGAAGCAGGUUUUAUAUACUUCAAUGUUGUUGAAGAAAAACAAUUCGGUGACAAUGAAAGGUUCAUGCCCGCCGCUCCGAUUGAUUUACUACGCGCUGGCAUUCACGAGGGAGUGGAAGUCAUCAAUGGUUACACAGAAGAUGAGGGAAUUUUGAUGCUGUCCAUCGGUCUGGACAUUCAGAAAAUACUAGAGCAAGCUAACAAUUAUCCUGAAUAUUUCGUACCUAUACCUAUAGUGAAUAGCUGUAAAAUUACAGACCAAAUAGAAGCAGGAAAAACGAUGAAGGCAUACUACUUUAAGGAUGAAGAAGUUUCCAUGAAUAAAGUAGAUCGUUUGUAUGGAUUUCUCGGCGCCGACAGCUUUAUAUAUCCUGCAAUUUUAUGGCAAAAACUUUGUGCAAAAAAUGGCAGCAAUAAGACAUAUUUGUACAAAUUUACCUGCAAAUCAGAAAGAAAUAUCCUGAAACACCUUCUGGGAGUGGGGCACGUGGUGGGUGACAAGGAUGUGGUCUGCCAUGCGGACGACUUGCCUUACCUAUUCCCUAUGAAAUUUUUUACACAAAAUAGUCCCAAACUUGAUACAAACUCUACAAUCUACAAGAUGAUCGAUCAAUUCACAAAGCUUUGGACGAAUUUCGCUAAAUAUGGAAACCCAACACCUGAUGCAAGUCUUGGUGCAAUCUGGAAGCCAUACACGUUGGACAAUCAAGACUUCUUGGACAUCGGAGAGCAUCUGGUGGCCGGCACUUCGCCCGACAAUGACGAAAUGCAAUUCUGGGAACGCAUCUAUCAGAAGUAUUGUUCAAAAUAUGCUCCGUGAACGACAAUAAAAUGUUUUACAAAAUUUAAUCGUUGUAGAGAUAAGAAUUUAUUUAAUUUGUAUUUAGUUGUUUAGUAUCACAGCAAACGACAAUGUCAACUAGUUGCUGAACUAUCUCUCAAGAAUAAAAAACUGUUAAAUCGUUAAUGCAGUAAGUUAAGUUAAGCAACUGUAUUGAUGUUAUUUUUAUCAAUAAAAACUUUCAUUGGACUACUUUGUAUAACGGUUCAUUGCUAUUAGUGUCAAGGAUUCAUACGCGAUAAACUGAUAACAAAAAAGUGAUAAGUUAAGAUCUCUUAACACUAAUAUCACAGUUCAUU